AUGUUUCAACGCCGCUUGGCAGUAGGUGCUUUGCGCCAACUGCCAAGCUCCACCCUGUUGAAGCGUCCCUGCACCUUCUUCACACCUCAGGCCGAGCACGCAGUCCCCAACGCGAAGUUGCUCGCAGGAGCUGCCGUUGGCGCAGCCGCUGCCGUCGUGGCAGGAUUCACGCUGAAGGGCAAGCCCGCAAGUGCUGACGAGGGGAACUCUCUCGCAGCUCUGGAAAAGCGAGUCCGUGAUUUAGAGAUCGCCAACGGAGAGAAGGUGAGUUCUGCCUUUGUCUUCAUUAAGCCACACGCAGUGACGAAUGAGGUGAAGAAGCUUGUGACACAGCGCUUCAGCGCAGAGGGCAUUGGCAUUGUAUCCGAGGGUGUCAUCAACGCAGAGAAGAUCGACCAGGAUAUGUUGAUCGACACACACUAUGGUGCGAUCGCUUCCCGGGCUAUGAAGCAGAAGCCGUCUGAGCUUGCUGUGCAGAAGAAGGCGACGCAGGAAUUUGAACAGGCCUUUGGUCUCUCUUGGGACGAUGCGCUGAAGAAAGGGCUUGUUUACAACCUGGUGGACGGUGCAGCCAAGUUGGGCUGCAGUCUGGAUGAAUUGGGCGACAAGUACGACAAGCUGAAAAAGGGGACUACCUUGCUGAAGUUUGGAGGCGGCUUCUACUGUGGCAAGGUCGAUGGCAUCUACGUCAUCAACGGCUUCUAUGCAAGGAUGCGCUCUCAGUUCACCGUCCCAGGCACGUGCAUCUACUUCUAUGAGGUCCAGUGGGACCCCAACCGCCUCUGCUGGGCAGACUUCCGGGGCAAGGUCCUCGGUGGCACGGACCCUAAGACGGCGGACGCAUCUUCCCUGCGUCAUGCCAUUUUCAAGACCUGGAAGGACCUCUCCUUGAUUCGGAGCCCAACACGGGCAACAAUGGCCUGCAUGCAUCUGCCAGCCCAUUUGAGGCUCUCGCGGAGCGCGCGAACUGGCUCGGCGCUUCCAUCGAGAAGGACUAUUUUGGAAAGGCUAUGCUAG